AUGGUUAUUGCGGCUGUUGUUGUGGAGGACUUGUUCCAUUUGUCAUUUGAGAGAUUUAAAGAUGUUAUAGCUGGUUGUCUGGGGAAAAUUGAUGAAGGAUUGACUAAUUUGUCACGUUUAGAUGUUGUUGUUGUGGAUACAAUCACAUCUUCUUACCAUUUAGAUGAUGUUCUAGGAGAACUUUACAGUCUAAUUAGAAGUGUCUUAAUUGAGAGGAGUUUUCCUUUGCUACCGCUAAGUGUUUUAUUGCAAGGUUUCAAUAGGGACAUAUUGCAUUGGGAUUACUGUUUUGCAUCAAGUGAAGAGAUGCUUCGCCACGAGCGAUACGAUUAUAGGACUUUUCAUAAGAUAGUACUACCCAUAGGACAGAGUAGUCCAUCUCAGCCGGGCUCUGCAUACAGUAAUGAUCAUAAUUCUUAUAAGGUCACGGCCCUGGGAGGGACAUUUGAUCACAUUCAUGACGGUCACAAGAUUCUACUGUCCAUGGCAUCUUUCCUUACCAGUUCCAGAUUGAUUGUAGGCUUAACAGCAGAAGAACUUUUGGUUAAGAAGAGGUACAAGGACGAGCUUCAAUCUUUUGAGAAGAGACGUGCCAGUGUCAUUCAUUUUGUUAAUGCUUUCAAGCCAGAGUUGAGAGUAGAAAUUAUACCUUUAAGAGACAUAUGUGGACCUACUGGAACGGUACCAGAAAUAGAAGCACUUGUAGUGAGCAGAGAGACUAUCCAAGGCGGGGAACUUGUUAACAAAACCAGGAAAGAGAAAGGUAUGAAAGAGCUAGAAAUACAUAUCGUAAAUGUGCUUGGGGGCGAAGAAACAGAUGGCUGGGGUGAGAAGAUGAGUAGUACCGAUAUCAGAAGGAUGAUACAUGAGGGAAAGACCAAGAUUUAG